AUCACUGUCGCCUUAUUUGGAUCACGUGGAGACCAAGAAAUCGACGUUUGCUCACUGCCCAUUCUCCGCGUCCUUCUGGGAUAUACCCAGAGGAGAGAGAGUCGGAGAGGACAAUUCGUGACUAGGAGUAACGGCCUGUUGCUUCAGAAGCGGCUCCGGCACCUCCUAAACCUUGCAAUUGUAUCAAAUGCGUGAUCUUCUGCGAGAGCCUAAAGGUUUAUUGGAAGAUCAGAUAUGGUCGUGGAGGAUUCAAAGAUUUGGGGGAGUGGAAAUGCUGUCAAGGAACCUAAAGGGAAUCAUCUGAAAUGUUCAAACAUUAGCAAUGAUGAUUUCACGUUUAUCAUGAAUACGACGUUUGCUCAACAAAAUGAGGUAGUUGAUGCGAGUGAGAAUACAGAAGUCAACGUAACAGAGCGUGUAAAUCUUGAUAGAAUUAGAUAUGGUCUGGUUGAAGCUGGAUGCCAAGACACAACCGAGAGUUCAAGUUCUUUUGAGGAAUCUAUUUCCGGAGUUGAUGAAUCUGAUCUUUGUGGUGAUGUUACGUCAGCAGUAGCAUUUGGUGAAGUCGGUGAUUUAUUAAGCAUGAGGGGGAAGAAGGUGACAUCUCACUGGAGUUCUUUCAUUAAACCAAUCGAGUGGCGUUGUAAGUGGGUGGAAUUGCAACUUUGGAAGUUAAAAUCUCUAGCACAAAAGUACGAAAAAGAACUUGCUCAAUACAGCGACAAAAAGCAGUUUGAAUUCAAGAACUUUGGAUCAGAAGAUACAAAUUCAAAAUCAAUUCCGUUUCCCUUUACCCAACAAAGAAACAAGGUACUCGAGAGAAAGAGGAGGAGGAGAAACGAAGACAAGUUGGAUAUUGCACAGUAUAUGUCGAAGCAUAACCUGUUUUCCUUUUAUGAAAAUAGAACGUCUGCUACUGAUGGUGCUUUUCGGAAUGAUGAUCGAUUCAGUCCGGCAAUGGUUUCCACUGAGAAGCUCAAAAGCGGCAAUGAGUUAAAGAUUGAUGAGGAAUUGGUACAACUUAUGCAUAUGGACGGAAAUAACUCCAUGGAGCAAAUACUUCGCAAGAUUGAUGGUUUGCAGUCACAGGUAAGUGGGUUGAAAGCUAGGCUGGGGAAGGUAAUGCGUGAAAAUCCCGUGAAGUUUACUUGCGCUGAUAACCCGGGUUUGGAUGUACCGAGCAAUGCACUUACCAAGUCACGGAACCUUACUGCUUUGUCUACUGGCAACGAGGACAGAAUGAUUGAAGGAUCUCCUAUUGCAAGUCAGCUUUUGGCAGAGUAUAGUAAGGAUGGCGUAAUGAUAGAAAGAUCUCCUAUUCCUAUUGCAACUCAGCUUUUGGCGGAAUAUAGUAAGGAUAGUGUUAUCCCUUGCAAAGACGGGGUGACUGCAAGUACAGACCAAUCUCUUGUUGUGGGCACACGUGUAAAUAAUGAAGACGUUUUUAUGAUAUACGACUCUAGGAUGAAAGAGCGGAUGAGAAGCUUCCAAGAGGUUGAGAUUCCGCCAGAAGGAAAAGUUCGGGUAAUUGAGGGAGGGCAAGGGCAGAGGCGUGCCAUCCCGCCAGCUCUGAUGGAACCCUUUGACGAUCAACCAGCUCGGGGACUUCUCUCCAUUACCGACAAAACGGGGAGAGGGCGAUCAAUUUCUAGUGCGAGGAGCGAGAGAUCCUGAGCUUAGUUCUGGUAUGGAGUGUUUUAUGCGGAUCGAGCUUGGCCAUUUUCAUAGGACAAAAUAAUCUUACAUUAGAUUUUUUUUCAGAGGAAAUCUGUACAUGUCUGCUGGUUCAUAUAUGGGUUUUAGCUGUAAAUGUCUCAAAUGAUGUUUGGCAUACCUUCAUUUGUUCUGAUGUUCUUUGAGGAUGGAAUAGGAUCUGAUUGGUAUAUAUCAUUAGAGAUGUGAGUAAUAUAAUCGAGACUAUAUAUCGUUUACAAA